AUGGUCCAAACCUUAACCUACCCUCAAAGAGCGGAAGCUCACCCAUCACCUUUGGCUAAACGUCUUUUUGGCGUUAUGGAGUCCAAAAAAUCAAACUUGUGUGCUUCAAUUGAUGUUAGAACUACCAAAGAAUUUUUGGAACUAGUUGAUACACUAGGCCCAUACAUCUGUCUAGUUAAAACUCACAUUGAUAUCAUUGAUGACUUUUCAAUUGAAGGUACCAUUGAGCCAUUGAAAAAAUUGGCUUCAAAACAUAAUUUUUUGAUCUUUGAAGAUCGUAAAUUUGCAGAUAUUGGAAACACAGUUAAAGCUCAAUAUUCAGGUGGUGCUUUCAAAAUCGCUACAUGGUCUGAUAUAACUAACGCACAUGGUGUAACUGGUGAAGGUAUCGUUAGAGGUUUGAAAGAAGCUGCUUCAGAAGUCUCACAAGAACCAAGAGGUUUGUUGAUGCUUGCAGAAUUAAGUUCAAAAGGUUCUUUAGCUAAAGGUGAAUACACUAAACAAACCGUUGAUAUUGCUAAAACUGAUAAAGAUUUUGUUAUUGGAUUUAUUGCCCAAAACGAUAUGGGUGGUAGAGAUGAAGGUUUUGAUUGGUUAAUCAUGACUCCAGGUGUUGGUCUUGAUGAUAAAGGUGAUGGUUUAGGUCAACAAUACAGAUCUGUCAGUGAAGUUGUUGCUGGUGGUAGUGAUAUCAUAAUUGUGGGUAGAGGUCUUUUUGGUAAAGAAAGAGAUCCAAAAGUUGAAGGGGAGCGUUAUAGAUCUGCUGGUUGGAACGCAUAUUUAAAGAGAACUAGCCAAAUAUGA